CCGAGAAGAUGGUCGCCCCCGAGGCGCUGUGAACAUGGCUCUGUCGGCAGGUUUGAGAUGCUGCCAAAGAAUAUUCUCCUGGAUACCUGUUGUUAUCAUCACGUCUAUAGUCUUGUGGUCUUAUUAUGCCUACGUGUUUGAGCUCUGUUUGUUCACCAUCAGCCACACACUGGAAAAAGUGGCCUACCUCCUCGUGUUCCAUGCUUGCUUUGUUAUGUUUUCCUGGACCUACUGGAAGUCUAUAUUUACACCUCCUUUCUCCCCAUCAAAGAAGUUUCAGCUUUCGUACUUGGACAAGGAGAGGUAUGAACUGGAAGAGAGGCCCGAUGUACAGAAGCAGAUCCUCAUUGAGAUAGCGAGAAAACUUCCCGUCUUCACACGCGCAGCAUCUGGAGCUAUCAGGUUCUGCGACCGCUGCCAGGUGAUAAAGCCAGACCGCUGCCACCACUGCUCUGUCUGCGAAACGUGUGUCCUCAAAAUGGAUCAUCAUUGUCCAUGGGUAAACAACUGUGUGGGAUUUUCCAACUACAAGUUCUUUCUGCUGUUUCUCGCAUACUCCAUGGUGUACUGCAUCUUCAUUGCUGCAACAUCCUUUCAGUAUUUCCUCAAGUUCUGGGUGGGGGAGCUGCCCAAUGGUCCGGCCAAGUUCCACGUACUCUUCCUCAUGUUCGUGGCCCUCAUGUUCUUUGUCAGCCUCAUGUUCCUCUUCGGCUACCACUGCUGGCUGGUGGCCAAAAACAGGUCUACUUUGGAGGCCUUCUCAGCUCCCUUUUUCCAGAGUGGACCUGACAAGAAUGGUUUCAAUCUUGGCUUCCGUAGCAACCUGCUACAGGUCUUUGGAGAAGAGAGGAAACUCUGGCUCCUUCCCAUUUUCACAAGCCUGGGUGACGGUCACUACUUCCCCAUGAGGAGCCAGAGUGAAUCCCGCAAUCCUUUAUUAGCUAAUGAGGAGCGCUGGGAGGAGGAUGGCGGAUCAGAUGAAGAGGGUGCCGCCAUUCAGAGGGACCCUUCUGUCACCAUAGAGAUGGAUUCCUAAUAGGCUGGGGUGCAUUGUUUUCAGAUCAGAAAUCAUUCAAGAUGAGUUCAGCAUUGAAGCAGUGCAGUUAGAUGAAGAUGAUGAUGCUGCAGCUUCUAAGGACUGUGCAGAGUUCAGAAGAAUUCCAGACAAGCUGAGAGAUGCAAGAAACCAAACGGGUCAAACAAGUACCUUGCUGGGAUUGUUCGUAGGGAUUAUUGUGUACCGGAUGUGUUAAUACCCGUUCAGUGUCCGCAAAAGGAUGAGUAUGUGUUUGCGUGUCCUGUGUGAAGGAAUACAGGAUAUUCAGGAGCACUGCUGAUUUCCCGUUUCUCUGUACAGGUGAAGCAAACUUGCGUCGCCGUGGACAUGAGAAAGCAUACUGUAUACUGUCAGGUAUUUGAACUGUAUUUCAUGUCUAGUCAAAUACCUUCUGUCACUGUUCCCCUUAUUAUUUUUCCUCCUAAGUGUUCAUUUCAAAAUAACUGGAUUUCUGUGGAUGGCUGCAAUAUGAAGCCAAAACUGAUUAGACUUUUGUGAUGUGCAAUCAUCAGACUGCGUGAUGCCCAGGGUGUGUGUGAACUGAGCAUUGCGCUGACCACACAGGGAGCCCUAACUGCUGCCUCCUGUACUCCUCUCCACUCCACACCGGUGAAGUGCAGCCGACCGCGCUGCCUUCUAGUAGAGAUGAACGGGAGUACAACCACCUCCUUCAGUGUCCAUCUCAGCCCUAGGGAAUUGUGGGAUUUGAGCUUGAAGUCAUUUCUGUGAGAAACCACCACACUCCAGUCAAGCAAUUUAUUAGAACAUUACUUAUGAAAAUGAUUUAAUGAAUCGUAAAGCGAGGUCCUUAUGAAGAAAUGUAAGCCUGGAACUUUUAUAACCCAUUUCUGUCUUAUUCUGAAAGUGGUUUAUGACCAUGCUUUUGCCAUUAGCCUAAAUGUUGGAGAUGGGUUUUUUCAGUUCAUCUCGGGAAACAAGUUAAUUCGGUGUUUUUGCAAUUUCCUUUCUUUAGCUACCUUAAUGUUUAUUUUUAUAAAUAGAUGUUUGAAUGACCAAUGGAAAAUUGAGUAUUUCUAUUUACUAAAUACUGUGGCUGUAUGAAACGCACAUUUUUGACAGUGCAUUGCUUUGUUGGAAACGCAUCUGUAUUAGUGUAAAUGACUGCAAAAUGAAACCGGGGUAAAAUAUUCAAAUGGAAAUGUAUUUAUUGAUAAUGUAAAUGGUUUUAAAAGGUUGCCUGGUAAGAAAUAUUACAAAUAUAAAGUUGUUUUCCUGUAUUUUAAAUUUUACCUGUGGGAUUUAUUUACUGCUUUCCUUGUGGUGGGAGAUUAGAGCAGGGUUAUAAAGAAAUUAAUAAAGUGUGUAUGAUUAUUUGUAGUGGUGUUUAGGAAAAGGCUCUUCUAAUGCAUCCUUCCAGAUUUUUGAAGCUGUUUUUUUCAGUACUCAGUCUACAUGGUUUUACUCAACUUUCUUGAAUAAGAGCUGGAGCAACUACAAUGUGUAUUGUCAUUCAGGUCAUCUGACGUUGCUACCCUGAUGGAAAGGGGUCAUGUUUUGGGGUUUUCUGUUUCUGUUGGACGGAGGGCCUGUGUAUGUUUACUAUGUGAGGCAUGCUGGCAGUUGUCCUGUGACUCCACCC